UGUCCAAGUGCUGAAUUUAAUCAGCAGAGCUGAGAGCACGUCCGUCAUUCCAACAGUAGCUGUUAAUCUUUCGAAACAAAUACUCUAUUGCUUUACACAGCGCAUUUGUAAAGAACCUAACAACUAAAAAUGUCACUUAAGUGGAAAAAAGCCGAUGGCUAAUCACUUAUAUGUGGAAACAUUAGAUACACCUUGUAAUAGAUUAAGCUUUUGGGGAAAACCACUCUAUUUUGAAAAUAUAUAAAUACAUAUGUACGUUAUACUGUAACUUGGGUAUCAGUAUUCCACUAAACUAUGAUCAUGAGGAAUGUUAUUCUUUUCUGCUCCUUCUCCACUUCUCACAAAAAUAACCUACAGUUUCUUGGUUGCAAGGAAAGCAAUGUUGACUCGUGGAUCUAACGAUUGACCAACGUUCUCACAUGGAAUAAUUCAAACAAGUGAGUUAAUAACCACCGAAAUCAAGAGGAAUGCAUCCACCGCUUGUUCAAAUCCUGACAACCUUGUUUGCAUGCUUCUUAGAGUCAAACAACUUCAGGAUGGCAGUUGCUAAGGAGCAUGAUUCGAGAUCAUCUGCCAAAAGCUUCUCAUUGACUAUGUCUCCCUCAGAUUUUCUGGACAAAUUAAUGGGCAGAACAUCUGGGUAUGAUGCAAGAAUACGUCCUAAUUUUAAAGGUCCUCCAGUAAACGUUACGUGCAAUGUUUUUAUCAACAGUUUUGGAUCUGUCACAGAGACCACAAUGGUAAGUGUCAGAAUGCAGCUGGAAAAGUCUUUUUUGAUGCUUUUACAAAAAAAAAAUGUCAAUGUGUUAUUUAUUGUUCAACUUGCAGGUCCUCCUGUAAAUGUUACCUGCAACAUAUUUAUCAACAGCUUUGGUUCAAUAGCAGAGACUACAAUGGACUACCGACUGAAUAUAUUCUUGAGACAGCAAUGGAAUGACCCCAGACUGGCCUACAGUGAAUACCCGGAUGAUUCCUUGGAUUUGGAUCCCUCUAUGCUGGAUUCUAUUUGGAAGCCUGACUUGUUCUUUGCCAAUGAGAAAGGCGCAAACUUUCAUGACGUGACAACAGACAACAAGCUACUGAGGAUUUUUAAAGAUGGAAAUGUUUUGUACAGUAUAAGACUGACUCUCAUCUUGUCCUGUCCAAUGGACUUGAAAAACUUCCCAAUGGACGUUCAGACCUGUGCAAUGCAAUUGGAGAGCUUUGGUUAUACAAUGAAUGAUUUGAUCUUUGAAUGGCUGGAUGAAAGUCCUGUGCAAGUAGCUGAUGGUUUAACCCUGCCACAGUUUAUCCUGAAAGAUGAGAAGGAGCUUGGUUACUGCACAAAGCACUAUAACACAGGAAAGUUCACUUGCAUUGAAGUUAAAUUUCACCUUGAGCGGCAGAUGGGAUAUUAUUUAAUCCAGAUGUACAUUCCAAGCUUGUUGAUUGUCAUUUUGUCUUGGGUAUCCUUUUGGAUUAACAUGGAUGCUGCCCCCGCUAGAGUUGCCCUGGGCAUCACAACAGUGCUAACCAUGACUACUCAAAGUUCAGGCUCCAGAGCUUCUCUUCCAAAGGUUUCCUAUGUGAAGGCUAUUGAUAUUUGGAUGGCAGUGUGUCUUCUGUUUGUGUUUGCUGCAUUGCUGGAAUACGCGGGGGUCAACUUUGUUUCUAGGCAGCACAAAGAGUUUCUCCGUCUAAGAAAAAGGCAGAGAAGACAGAACAAGGAUGAAGAUAUUAUCAGGGAGAGCCGUUUUAACUUCAGUGGCUAUGGAAUGGGCCACUGCCUGCAAGUCAAGGAUGGCACUGCGGUGAAAGCAGCACCUCCCAACCCCCCACCCCCACCCCCUAAUGACUCUGAUACAAUUAAAAGGAAAUUUGUCGACAGAGCCAAGAGGAUCGACACAGUAUCCAGGGCUGCCUUUCCUCUAGCCUUCUUAAUUUUUAACAUCUUUUACUGGAUUACCUACAAAAUAAUCCGGAAGGAGGAUAUCCACAGGGAGUAGGCUGGCCUGCCAGCCUCCCUGGACUUGCUGAUGCCUUGUAUUGCCAAAAAAACAAAACAAACAAAAAAAAAACAUUUCAUAUGACUAACUGAUAUCUGUUAUGUCUUACUGUUUCUUGAGUGACAGCGCCUUCAGUAAAACAUAAAUUGGGAGAGUUCAAUAACCCCCACCUAUUAUUUUCCAGUGGGUUUGUAGAACUAACAAGAAAAAAAAAAAAAAAAAAAAAAAAAACAUUUCUUACAAACUACUAACGUUUACUCCAACAAAGGUAAAAGACUGAUUGUUGAGUCCAUUUUUUAGAAUAAAAGUAAACAAAAAAGUAGAAGUAAAACAAAUAAAUCUAUUUUUGUUGUUUUAAAUGCUGCAGAACACAGUAAAGCAUUUCUAGUGAAUACAGUACAGUACAGAAAAGUUGAGAAUGGACCAAAUUUUACAAGUUAAUAUAGCCUUUGCUAAAUUUGUAUACCAAAUCCACUGAGCUACAGUUGCCAGUAGUAGUUAUAUGGGGUGAGGGAGGGGGUCUUUUUGUGUGCAGAAAAUCUUUCUUAUGGAAACAAGAAACAAAAAAUAAUGUAUACUAUUUUGGUGGAUUUUAUAUUUUAUUUGGUGGAAUUGUAAGGAAGGUUUUGUUGAGAAAUCUAACACCAUAUUCCAGUCAGAUUGUGUUGUUAUCAACCAAUGCACUUGCUUUUUAUAAUUUAUUUUGCUUUGUUUUAACAGUACUUGUAUAUGUAUCUCCAGGUGCCAAAUAGUAACCUGUUGUGCUUUCCUGCACCAUAGUAUUUACUAAAAAAAAAUAAAAAUAAUGUUUUUUUUUUUAAUGGUGUAGUUUAAAAUGAACAUUAAACACAAAGCAUUAAUAGUAUAUAUCUUUUUUAUAUUGGUGUAGUUGCAGUUGGUAGGUUUUGUAGGUAGGUCUGGUGUCCAAAAUGUUUACAAACCAAUGGUUUUAUAUAUUCUUCCGUGGGUAUCAUUUUAAAGCGAUCCUCUAUCAAUCUGAGAUUUGAAAACUGUUUUGUGAUUGCAUCUCAUUAUCCCUAUUCAGUGCUAGCAAUAUGUGUUUAGAAUGAUUGUAUUGCAUACAGUAUUUUUUAUGGAGGAUGUUCUUUACACAGUAUUAAAAGAGAUUGUGCACUGAAGGAACUCAGUGUUAUAAUAAUGAUAUCUCUAAAGUAUUUAUUUUAAACAAUUGAACAAUUCAUCUUUGUUAUAGUUCAAUAAAGCUAUGUGUGCU